AGAACAUUUUGGACCCAGCUUCCAACCACCAGGCAAAGUAGAUCUGUCUGUGAGAAAUAGGCCUAUUUGGGAUAUGUAUAGAGAAUGUGCCCAUAUAAAAGUCCUAAAUUGGCUUAAUUUGAGGACAAUUAUAGAAAAUAUGCGAAGCAAUUAUGGACUCUUUUUUGCAGAAAGGGCAUUGAGUAGGGAAAACACUAAUGUUAAACCUUGUCAGAUUUUCAGGGAGGGGAAGUAUAUUUUCAAAAAGCUUCCACAUGAAAAGCUUGAUAGGAAAAAACUGUGUAGGAUGCCAGAUGUGUAUGUUAGAGAAAGUAACUGACCUGGUUUCUCUAAUUUCAUGAUAUGCGGAAGAAAGAGAGAAAUUACCAUCCUGUGAAGGGCUCCAGGUGUAAUGUCCAUUUUGAGAGUCAACCAAAGCCAAACCUUGAGCAUGAAUUUGACAGAUUCGCUUCCAGACUGCAGAGUUAGGAAAUUAGAGAAAUUCAUCAAAGAUCUUGCAUCUCCAUUCAUGAAAAGUAAAAGAUCAUCAGCAUAUCCAAGAUGAGAG